CACCCCCCCCUCUCUCUUUCUCUCUCUCUCUUCCUCCUUCGCGCUCUUUUGCUUGUUGAGCUUUUGUUUCCCUGUCACUUACACAGGAAGCCUUAGUGAGAGUAUAUAGGAGAGCACGCAUGGCUGGAUAGUUUACUUCGGAAUUCACAGAGCAGCUCGUUUCCCCGGGAGGUGGACGAGUGGGUGACCGUCCGUCUUCCUUCUUUGGCUCCCCGUCUUGGGUCAUCUGCUCUGAUAAUCGACCCGUCAACUCAAAGCUGCGUCAUAGAGGACCGGAGACGACGAGGGCACGACUAUGAUCGAGCAGAUCUUACAUCCGGAGCAGCAUGGAUUUCUUCUUCCAGCGUCAUUUCCAUCGAUGGAACAAGAGACAGAAAUACCCGAUCGCCGUAUGUCAACCCGGACCCGCAGUCCUGGUCAGCAAAGCGCGGAGGCGUUCUAGCGUCGGCCUGCCGUCGGCGGCGCUGCUGGAAAGCAGGCGCUCCUCGAGCGGCUUGCCAUUGCUUCCCUAUCAGAGGCGGCCCAGCGUUGGCGUUUUGGUGGCCAGUGGACAGAGGCGACAGUCCGUCAAAGAUGUGGCUCGUACCGACUCGAGCGAAUCGGCGGAAGAAUCCGGAACCGAGAGACCCGAUAUGUCAAUUCGAAGAGACCGGAGACCAUCUCAAUACAAACGUAACGCUCGGCGCUGUUCCGCUGCCUUCUCCGGCGGGCGGCGAAGAAUGGCCGUGCGAUACUCUCGCCCCGUCAAUGAAAAGUCCAUCGAACCUCAUUUGCUCGGUUCAUCCAUGUUACUCGCAAGCGUCGUCCAGAUGGGCAGCGGCGGGAAUGAAAAGCAAGAGGAAGAAUCUGCCGUCUCGCUUUGUUCCUGUUCCGGGUCGGAUGAUGAGCGAGGCGAGCGGGGGGUAAAAACGGCGAGCGGCGAAGAAGAUGGCAGGUCCGGAUCUCCGGCGCUCGCAGCCCAAGCGAUUACGAGAAAGCGCAUUAAACCCCGACCCUUCCUCCGACCUCCGCGCUGUCUAAGACGGAACUCCUCCCAUCUCCUCCCAGCUGAGUCCGUCUAUCGGAACAGCGAAACGCUUUAUGGGCUUUAUGGGCGCUAUCAUCAUCGAAGGUCAAGUCAAAGUACUCAAGCUCUCAAUAGCCUGCUUCGGACUUCCGACGAUCUGAAGUCGGAUCUCGAGGCGCUCCUUUGUGAACCUGCACUCCCUAAAAGCUGCUCUUCACCUCCCGGGGGAUCGGAGGGGUUGACAUACUAUGAUCCAUAUCUGGAAACAUGGGAGAACUUCCUAUCAAAAGCAAUAGCAAAAUCUGGCCUGCACCAUCUGCCCGGUCAGCCCGGUACAUCAUCAUCAUUAAAUCGAGCAGAACCAGAAGCGAUUAUCCGCAGCACUGUUGACUGGACUGAGUCUGCUCAGCAUGGAGAUCAUAUCUGGUUCGAGACGAAUGUGUCUGGAGACUACUGUUAUGUGGGAGAACAACACUGUAUUGCAAGAGCACUGCAAAAGUCAGUCACCCGGAGAAAGUGUGCUGCCUGCAAAAUAGUUGUCCACACAAUCUGUAUGGAACAACUGGAGAAGAUCAACUUCAGAUGCAAGCCAUCAUUCAGGGACUCGAGUUUCAAAACCACUCGAGAGCCCAACAUUGUACGGCAUCACUGGGUGCAUCGAAGAAAACAAGAGGGAAAAUGUAAACAAUGUGGCAAGGGCUUUCAGCAGAAGUUUGCUUUCCACAGUAAGGAAAUUGUUGCCAUUAGCUGUUCGUGGUGCAAACAGGCGUUUCACAACAAGGUGUCCUGUUUCAUGAUACACCAAAUCGGCGAGGUUUGUCCAAUAGGAGCUCACGCUGCCCUCAUAGUUCCACCCUCUUGGAUCAUUCGAGUUCGACGUUGCCAGGCAUCAAUGAAGUCAAGUAAGAAGAAAAAAAGGACAUCCUUCAAGAGAAAAAGCAGUAAAAAAGGAGCUGAGGAGGUACGACAGUGCAAGCCCUUCAUCAUCCGGCCCAUUCCUUCCCCGUUGAUGAAACCCCUGGUGGUGUUUGUCAACCCCAAAAGUGGAGGAAACCAGGGGGCAAAAAUCCUUCAGUCUUUCAUGUGGUAUCUGAACCCAAGGCAGGUUUUUGACCUGAGCCAGGGAGGACCCAGUGAGGGCUUGGAGUUGUACCGGAAAGUUCAUAACCAAAGGAUUCUGGCCUGUGGAGGGGAUGGAACGGUUGGGUGGAUCCUGUCUUGCAUCGAUGAACUUGGGUUAAAUCCUCAACCUCCCGUUGCAGUGUUACCACUUGGGACAGGAAAUGACCUUGCCAGGACUCUCAACUGGGGAGGGGGCUAUACCGAUGAACCCCUGACCAAAAUCCUGUCUCAUGUCGAGGAGGGAACCGUGGUCCAGCUUGACAGGUGGAAUCUACACGUUGAAGCCAACCCCACCGCAGGGGCUGAGGUGGAUGAGCAGCAAAGUGAUAAGCUUCCCCUGGAUGUGUUCAACAAUUACUUCAGCCUUGGCUUUGAUGCACAUGUAACCCUCGAAUUCCAUGAGUCACGAGAAGCCAACCCAGAGAAGUUUAACAGUCGUUUCAGGAAUAAGAUGUUCUACGCUGGGACGGCAUUCUCGGAUUUCCUGAUGGGAAGUUCCAAAGACCUGUCGAAACACAUCCGAGUUGUGUGCGAUGGGACCGAUUUAACAUCCAAGGUUCAGGAUUUGAAGCUCCAAUGUCUGGUCUUUCUCAACAUCCCCAGGUACUGUGCCGGUACCACACCUUGGGGAAACCCAGGCGAACAUCAUGACUUUGAACCUCAGCGCCACGACGACGGCUACAUUGAGGUCAUUGGGUUCACCAUGACAUCAUUGGCUACGCUUCAGGUCGGCGGUCAUGGCGAGAGGUUGAAUCAAUGCCGUGAAGUAACCCUCACCACCACAAAGGCGCUUCCUGUACAGGUGGAUGGCGAACCAUGUCGACUCGCUCCCUCCAUCAUCAACAUCAGCCUCAGAAACCAGGCCAACAUGGUGCAGAAAACCAAACGGCGGGCAUCGUUGCCACACCUCAAUGACCAACAGCGGGUCCCAGAAAGGCUGAGGCUUCGUGUCAGCAGAAUCAGCAUGAGUGACUAUGACGCUCUGCACUAUGACAAGGACAAAUUGAGACAAGCGUCUAUUCCAUUGGGACUUAUAGUAGUUCCCGGAGACAGCGACUUGGAGACGUGUAGAGAACACAUCCAGCGUUUACAAGAGGACAUCUCCUUUGUCCACUCUUCUUUGAGAUGUGUGGGACUUCAGGAGGAAGCUGUCAAGACGAAGAAUGUUUCCUUGCAGCGAUUGUCGCCAAAGUGGUGUUUCCUCGAUUCGACAACGGCCGACCGUUUUUAUAGGAUCGACCGAGCACAGGAACAUCUCAACUACGUGUCCGAAAUCUCCCACGAGGAACUUUUUAUCCUCGACCCGGAACUGAUUGUUACGAUGACGGUCGGCACCUCCCCAACGGCCAUGCCCGACCUGGUUCAUCCUUCCCCCCGUUCGGCCGAAAACAGGGCAAGCACCUUAUGUCAGAACCCCGAUGAAGUGUUUGUCUUCCCCGUGUCUCCCUGUCUUUCUCCAAUUUCGCCUUCUUCAAACAAGAUGAACAGUGACAGCCCCGCCUCAGCACCGAGUUCAACACCCGAGGUCAGAAAACUACGAAGAAAAGGUUGCAUCCAGCGCUCUGUCACCACUCCUGAUGAGCUGAAGCCUGUCAUGAGACUUGAAACGUGUCAAAAGUCAAGUGAUGCAGGAAGAGAAGAAGAAAAAGAGCUGUUGAUGCAGUGUGUAAAGACCAACAACUUGAAAAAGCUACAGGAGCUGCAUGAGAAAGGAUGUGACCUGACAUGUGUCGACGAAUCGGGCUGCAGCCUGCUGCACCACGCUGUCAUCGCGGGAAGCAAGGAGAUGGUCCGCUUCAUCCUUGACAACGCUCCAAAGGACCUCAUUGAUAAGACGGAAGACAUUCACGGCGAAACGGUUCUUCAUCGGGCCGCGUCACUGUGUCGCAGGACCAUCUGUCACUACCUGGUAGAAGCGGGAGCCUCGCUGAUGAAAACCGACAUGCAGGGCGACACCCCAAAGAACCGGGCCGAGAGGGCUCACGACGCUGAGCUGGCAGCUUACCUGGGGAACCGGCAGCACAACCAAAUGAUCCAGAGGGAGGACCAAGAAACGGCCGUCUAAGCCUUUUCGGAAGCGCGAGAAGCUGCCGGGUGACGGUGGAGCUGUGCCAAAAGUCGCCACGAUGAGGACACGUCAAACACGUAUUGAUCAAGAAACAACUCAGGACAUUUCCUGGAAUCGGAGUGGAACAUUAACGGAUGUCUCGGACCUUUUUAUUUGAUUUUUUUUUUUUUUUUUUACUUUUACAUUGUUUUUUUUCAGCCAUGAAGGGGCCAUUCAUGUGAUGUUUGUUUUUUCUUUCAUUUUCCGUUUGGACCCAGUUUCCCUCCACAUGACUGACAAAGCAAAAACAAAACUAGAAGCCUUUAGAAAGUGCUUUUGCUAUUCUAGUUGUACUUUUUGUUGUUGCCUUUUUUUUUUUUAACUUAAGUGCGCAUAGUAAAUUAUUUGAUAAGUUGCUUGCACGGCAGCUAGCCAAAUAUUCACACACCAAAAAGAAUAAGAAUCACAUUUAUUGGUUUGAAAACUUUAGAAAUUGAUGUUAGCAUCUCGACCUUGCGAGCGCAUUUACUUUUAUUCAUACUUGCCAAUAAUAUCUGACGAUUAAGUUGAUACACUGGUUGUGUUUGUCGUUUUGUCGUAUCUAAUGUAGUUUUUGAAAUUGUCAUGAGGUAAUAAAAACAUUUUCCAGUGGUUUCAGUUUG